AUGCUGUCACGGGCGGUACUUUCUGCUGCCGCCGCAGCGGCCCCCUCUCUGAAGAACACAGCGCUCCUUGGCCCAGGGGUAUUGCAAGCCACAAGGAUCUUUCACAAAGGACAGCCAAGUCUUGCACCUCUACCACCUCUUCCUGAACAUGGAGGAAAAGUUCGCUUUGGACUUAUCCCUGAGGAAUUCUUCCAGUUUCUUUAUCCUAAAACAGGUGUCACAGGUCCCUACAUGCUUGGAACUGGGCUUAUCCUGUAUUUUCUGUCCAAAGAAAUAUACGUGAUUACAGCAGAAACCUUUUCUAGCAUAGCAACAGUCGGAUUGCUUGUCUAUGCAGUUAAAAAAUAUGGUGCCUCUAUUGGACAAUUUGCUGAUAAACUUAAUGAGCAAAAAAUUGCUCGACUAGAAGAGGUGAAGCAGACUUCCAUGAAAUACAUCCAAGAUGCGAUUGAUGCAGAAAAGGCACAGCAGGCACUGACUCAGAAACGCCAUUACCUUUUUGAUGUUCAAAGGAAUAACAUCGCUAUGGCCAUGGAAGUUACGUACCGGGAACGGCUGCACAGAGUGUACAAGGAGGUGAAGAAUCGUCUGGACUACCAUAUCUCUGUGCAGAAUAUGAUGCGGAGAAAGGAACAAGAGCAUAUGAUAAACUGGGUGGAGAAGAAUGUGGUGCAAAGCAUCUCUGCACAACAG